AUGUCAGACAUGCAAGCUUCUGUCACUAAAACAGACAAUGGGUUUUCCGUUGCUGGCUACGAGAAGCUAAACUACGAUUUCGCUUUCGUUGAGGGUGUUUUCGACAUCAAGAAUAAACAACUCGCGGAAUGUUACCAGAAAUGGGGCCGCGUCUUGACUGUUCUAGAUGAGAAUAUGAAAGCGCUCUACGCAGAUGAGAUCAAGAAAUAUUUCGACCACUACAACAUUCCUGUCACAUUUCAUGCCAUGGCUGUGGGAGAAAAGGCCAAGAGUAUCGAGACUCUUCUGAAGAUUGUCGAGUCCAUGACCAAUUUCGGCAUCAUCCGCAAAGAGCCUGUCCUGGUCGUUGGAGGUGGACUAGUGACUGACGUCGCUGGAUUUGCCUGCGCAUGCUACAGGCGCACAACCAACUUUAUUCGCGUGCCUACUACUCUCAUUGGGCUGAUUGAUGCAAGUGUGAGUAUCAAAGUUGCUGUCAAUUACGGAAACUACAAGAAUCGCCUUGGAGCUUACCAUGCUCCGAUCUGGACUUUCCUUGACUUCAGCUUUCUGAAGACGCUUCCCAUUGCGCAGGUCCGGAACGGUUUUGCGGAGAUUAUUAAGAUCAGCUCCUGCGCUGACUUGAAGACUUUUAAUUCUCUCGACAGAUACUGCGAGGAGCUCAUCGACACCAAAUUUGGGCGUCUUGAGGGCAGCAGACCCGAGGUUCGCAAGGUUGCAGACGAAAUCUGUUACGAUGCAAUCUACGAGAUGUUGAAACUUGAGACUCCCAAUCUGCAUGAGAUUAUGCUUGACCGAGUCAUUGCGUAUGGUCAUACAUGGUCACCUUUCCACGAACUUCAGCCUGAACCACCCCUUCGCCACGGCCAUGCGAUCAGCAUCGACAUGGCAUACACAGCAACUCUCGCUUACGAUCGUGGCAUGCUUUCCAAGGAGGAUCACACACGCAUUCUUACGCUUUUCUCCCGCGCAGGUCUCAGUAUUGAUCAUCAGUUGUACGAUGAUGUAGCCAUCGAGAAGGGUACGGAGGCAAUCCUGAAGACCCGGGAUGGUGCCCUACGACUUGCAGUGCCUAGUCCUCUGGGCCAAUGUCAGUUCGUGAACGAGUUUUCCGUGGGAGAUCUGCAGCGAGUCCUGAAAGACCACAAGAAGUAUACCGCAGGCUUUCCCCGCAGUGGGGAUGGUCUCGAAGCAUAUGUGGAUGCUUCUGAUACUGGUGAGCCAACUGUAGUGUCACCCAAGAAUCUCGGCAAAGGGCAACCAAACGGCUCUGCCAACGGCCACUCGAAUGGCAUGUCAAGCAAAAUCCCGAACGGUCACAAGGCACUUGUGCAGGACGCACACCACGAGAAUGGUGAUCUGAUGAAUGAGAGUAAAUUACUGCAGCCGGUGCAAGCAUAA